AGGAAAUCCAAUUUGGAGUGGACCGAUGAGUUGGAAGAAGUUGGUGAAGAAGCUGAAGUAGAGGAUGACAUCAUUUAUGUGGAAUUGGAACGCAACUCAGUCGGUUCAUUGGGUGUGCAGAUCGCAUCCGUAAGUGGACGAGUCUGUAUCAAACAACUGACAGCUGAACCUGCUGCUAGUCAUCCAGAUAUUCACGUCGGUGACGCUCUUAUCUAUGUGAACGGUGAGCCGGUGUCCAAUAAAUCGCACCAAGAAGUGGUGUCAAUGUUACGUAGUGGCGGUAACGUCGUGACGUUGGGAUUACGGCAAAAACGGCAAUAUUAUUACGCAGUGCUGGAGAAGAAGCCGGAAGGUUCUUUAGGGCUUUCCUUAGCGAAGAGGACCGGUUCCGAUGGUAUUUUCAUCAGAAUGAUCGCUGUGAAUUCAGCUGCUGCUAUGGAAGGCAGUCUACGUGUGGGUGACCGUCUUUUGUCGUUGGACGGUGAAAGCGUAACCGACCUCACACCAACAGCUAUUUUGGAGCGAUUGCGUUCCAUUCAGGGCGCCGUACAUAUCACCGUAUCACGGGACUCUCAAUAA